UACUAUAAAAACCAACCCCCUCGUUGUCAAGCUAUCACACCAUGGUUGACCUAAAACAAUUUGCUUUCCCAAUGUUGGCAUUUUUUGUCAUGUAUCCAUUGGCAAUUGCGGCGAGUGAAGAUUUGCUGUUUAUCAAUUACCAUAUCCACGUAACCAACGAUUUGCCUUCGGAUUUGCCACCCGGUGUUCCUUCAUUACAUCUUCAUUGCAAGUCUAAGGAUGAGGAUCUUGGUGAGAAGGUCAUGCUUAAGCAUGAGGAUUACACAUGGGAUGCAAAAAUAAACCUUUUCAGGACAACCCUUUUCUUUUGUUAUGCAUGGUGGGAAGGGAAGCAACAAUAUUUCGAGGCUUUCAAGGCCACCAGAGAUGAACAUAGGUGUAGAAUUUAUCAUAACUCUUGCCUGUGGUCAGUGAGGGAGGAUGGGAUUUAUUUCAGCAAAGAUAGUUUGACCUGGUAUAAUGAGUAUCCGUGGUAGAUCUACUUAAACAUAUUAUUUCUAAAAGUUUCUCUUUUUGUUAUCUUAAAGGGAUAAUUAGCAAUAUAUAAAUCCUUUUCAUGUAAUAAUUGAAUCCCACAAUUUCAAUGGAUGGUUUUCAUGUAAUAA